AGGAAGAAAGCUUAGAGUUUGUAUGUUUUUGCUGUUCUGUCUGAAGGAGAGCCAUUUUCUACGAAUUGGGUGGCUUUCCUUUUGAUUGUUGCUGCAACCAUGGAACGUUACGAGAUUGUGAAGGAUAUUGGGUCUGGGAAUUUUGGGGUGGCUAAGCUAGUGAAAGAUAAGUGUACAGAAGAGCUCUUUGCUGUCAAGUUCAUCGAGAGAGGCCUUAAGAUUGAUGAGCAUGUGCAAAGGGAAAUCCUGAACCAUAGAUCGCUGAAGCAUGCAAAUAUUGUUAGAUUCAAGGAGGUCUUACUAACACCAACUCACCUAGCAAUUGUUAUGGAGUAUGCUGCUGGUGGAGAACUCUUUGAGCGGAUAUGCAGUGCUGGUAGAUUUAGUGAGGAUGAGGCCAGGUUUUUCUUUCAGCAAUUGAUAUCAGGAAUCAGUUACUGUCAUUCCAUGCAAAUCUGCCAUAGAGAUCUUAAGCUUGAAAAUACUCUCUUGGAUGGCAGUCCAGCUCCACGUGUCAAAAUAUGUGAUUUUGGAUACUCAAAGUCUCUGUUGCAUUCACAACCAAAAUCAACUGUUGGAACUCCGGCCUACAUUGCACCCGAGGUUUUAUCCAAGGGAAAAUAUGACGGGAAGAUUGCAGACGUUUGGUCAUGUGGAGUCACCUUAUUUGUGAUGCUAGUUGGGGCAUAUCCCUUUGAAGAUCCUGAUGAUCCAAAAAACUUUAGGAAGACACUUGGGCGGAUUCUCAGUGUCCACUACUCAAUCCCAGAUUAUGUUCGAGUCUCUAAGGAAUGCAGACAUCUUCUAUCUCGAAUUUUUGUGGCAAACCCUGAAAAGAGAAUAAAUAUACAGGAAAUUAAAAGUCAUCCAUGGUUCUUAAAAAACCUCCCUGUUGAACUAAUGGAAGGAGGAAGUUGGCAAACUAAUGACAUAAACAAUCCGUCCCAAUGCCUCGAAGAAGUACUGUACAUAAUACAAGAAGCAAGGAAGACUACAGAGGUCCCCAAGAUAGAUGGGUAUAACGUUGGAAGCAGCAUGGAUCUUGAUGACAUAGUGGCCGAUGCAAAUAUUGAUGAUGUAGAAACGAGUGGUGAUUUCGUCUGCCCACUGUAAUCAAAUUGUUAAAAAAAAUAAACACUAGACUUGAAUCAAGAUAUUGUUUACACCAUAAUAACACCGAUAUGAGCAU